AUGUACGGCACGGCCAUGCUUGGGCUCGCUAAGAAGGAGAGCGUCGACCUCCUGUCGACCAUCAUGCGGCGAAAGAUGCGCGAGAGAAGCGGCGAGCCUGCCGACGAGGACGGCGAUGAGGACGAGGGAGACGAAGAAGCUGCAGCGACCUCGGCCGAAGAGUCCCUCGAGAUUGCGUGGGAGGUGCUUGACACGGCCCGCGUGAUCUGGGAGAAAGACGAAGCCCAGGCCCUGCGGCUGGCCGACGUGCACAUGCGCCUGGCAGAGGUACACGAGGAGAGCGACAACAUAGCCGCGGCCAUCGAGGAACACAAGCAGGCCCUCGCCCUCAGGCUGGCGCACCUCGAACCCCACUCGCGACUGCUCGCAGAGGUGUACUCGCGCCUGGCCUUUGACUACUCGCUGGAGAAGCAAAACGCGGAAGCCCGCAGCGCCCACGUCAAGGCCGCCGAGUGCGUCGAGAAGAAGCUCGCGCUGCUUGAGAGUGAGGUCGCCUCGUCCGCCGGCGACAAGGGAAAGGAUAAGGCCGAGGGCGCUACGCCAGCGGCCACGGAAGAGAUCGCCGAGCUGCGCGCCAUCCUCGAGGACCUGCGCGAGAAGAUCGACGCGCUCAAGGACGCUGAUGCCGAGGACGCGGCAGUGAAGGACGCCGGGGCGAUGUUCAGCCCACCGUCUGCACAGCCCGUCCCGCUCUCUACGGACAAGCCGGCCACGACCGCUGCGCAGCCGGCCGUUCACCACCUGGGCGUGUUCGGCCGAUCAAAGAAGGUUCCUCUCCCGUCGUCAUCGUCUCCAGCUUCGACCACCGCCACGGCUACAACCUCGGAGGGCGAAGAGACCAAGGGCAAGCGCAAGAGGGAGCGGCCGGCGGAGGAGCCUGCCGAGAUGCCGUCUGCCGUCGACGCUGACAGUGCCAAGAGCGACGACGUCGCCCUGAAGAAGGCCAGGACGGAGCAGUGA